GGUUUUUGCAUAAAAGCCAAGGCCAUGGCUGAAAAAUGUUACAGUAUUAAGUCACACAACGACUAAGUAAAACAUAAAUUAUUAAUUUAACUUAUUUAAACUAAAGUAGAAAAUAUUUAACAGUUUUAGAUAAUCAACAAAAUGGCUGCAUCAAAUAUUUUUUGUCUUGCCAUCCUCAUGUAUGUGUGCUUUGCAUCGUUGGUUACAAGUUCUCACAUUGGCAGCGAGGAUUAUUCUCUACCAGAUCCUCAUCAGUCAUUAUCUGCUGCCGCCCAACAUCAUCAAACCCACGAAACUUAUUCGGAAAUCUCAAAACCUGUACCGGUACAAGUUAUUGAAAAAAUACCUUUACCCAUACCUCAUCCGGUAGCUGUUAAGGUUCCCAAUGUCAUACGUAUACAAAUACCCGAACCUUAUGCUGUACAUGUACCCGUACAGCAAGAAAUUCAGGUGCCUACUUAUCGUAUUGUUCCAGAAAUUACCGAGAAACGUAUACCAUUUACGGUGGAGAAACCCUAUCCGGUCGAAGUAGAAAAACCUUAUCCGGUUGAAAUUAUAAAACAGAUAAAGAUUUCUGUGCCGAAACCUUAUCCAGUGCCGUAUACAAUUUAUAAACAUGUUAUGCAAAAAGAACAUGGUUGGUAAAUUAAUUGUUGAUUUUGUUUUUGCUACUACUUAUGUGUUUGUUUAAUUUUAAGAUUAACUUUAUUCGAAUUUUUGUAAGAAAAAAUAUAUUAUUAAAGUUUUUAUAAAAAAUAAAUUUUAUGAAACAAA